AUGGCUGAUGUCAGAAGCCAGCCCACUACACAAAGCCUGCAAAAAGCCAAGUUCAGAACCAGUGCAAUUAUGGAGUCUUCGCUCUGGUCACCAAUGAAACUAAUACUCUUAACAGCAUGGCUCUCCAGUGUGAUGGACCCCUGCCGACUCUCUGACAUUUGUAAAUCUUGCCACAAACUUGCAACAUGCAAGGCUUUGAACGACUCGAACGAGGCUUGCUUUUGCCACCAUGGAUAUACUGGAGAUGGGACAACAUUUUGCAAUGAUGACAAUGAAUGCCAGAAUGUGACGAACAUUUGCGGCAACAAAGGCAACUGCACCAACACAAUCGGCAGUUACUACUGUACGUGUUUGCCUGGAUACUCUUCAACUGGAAAGGCCGUGUUCCAGACGAAUGAUGGCACCGAAUGCAUAGACAUUGAUGAAUGUGAGGCAAGACAGGCCUGCGGACCGAACUCACACUGCCAUAAUACCAACGGAUCUUUCUAUUGCACUUGUCAGCGUGAUUACAUCCCAACUUCUGGCACUAAGCACUUUCAUCCAGAACGAGGUGGAAGAUGUAAAGAUAAUCCCCAAAAACAUUGCCAUGACAACAUUGGGUGCAUCACACAGACUGUUAAUAGAACACUUGAAUAUAUGAGCAACCUGACUGAGCCCCUAAGCUUACUGAAUGAAAUUGCUCAGCAGUCAUCUGGGGAUCUGACCUCGGUGGAAGUGAUUGCGUAUGUCGAGGCCUUGAGCCGGUCCACGUCAUUGCUGGCUACAGGAGGAAAGAAUCAGCCAGUCAAACUGGCUGUUGUCCACUCAACUCUCACAAAAUUAGUUAAAGCUGUAAACAACUUGGUGGAGAAGGAUGAGCUGGUGGCAUGGAGCAGGAUUAAAGAGGAGCGCCGGGAACGAACCGUCACCAAGCUGCUGGAUACUGUUGAAGAAAGUGCUCUCACUUUGGCUAACAGCCUCCAGACUCCCAAUGAGCUUCAAAUUAAAGAUACACAAAUGGAAAUUAGACUGUUCACUUUCGAUGCCAGUCAGAAAAAAGCCACGUUGUCGUCUACCAUGGGAGGGGACCGCAUGACUCUCACUCCAAAGAUGAGACCAGGGGAGUUUUGUAAUGAGAGCGUGUCAGUGGUGUUUGUGCGAUAUGACAGCAUGGGAGACAUCCUGAAGCCGAGCAUCGACCCGGGUGUCACCGACUACUCGCGCUAUGCAGAAACGGGGGAAAUCACUGUCAACUCCCAAGUGGUGGCAGCCGCCGUCAAACCUGCUGACGUCUACCAGCUUGACCAUGUCAUCUUCACUCUGAGGCACCUUGAGCCCGUCGACCUUAAAGCCGACGUGACCAAGUGCGCCUUCUGGGAGUACACAAACGACAGCAUGCAGGGUCACUGGGCCACGCACGGCUGCAAGACCGUGCACGUCGACAGCAAUGCAACCACGUGCACCUGUAACCACCUGACACACUUUGCGAUCCUCAUGUCCUCGGGGCGAGCCAAUUUCGUCGCCCAUCGAACCGUCCUGACCCGCAUCACCCAGCUGGGGAUGAUCAUUUCCCUCAUCUGUCUGUCCAUGUGCAUUUUCACCUUCUGGUUCUUCAGCGGGAUCCAGAGCACCAGGACCACCAUUCACAAGAACCUGUGCUGCAGUCUAUUUAUGGCUGAGUUUAUCUUCCUGGUGGGGAUCAACAUGAAUUCGCACAAGCUCUUUUGCUCAGUUAUUGCAGGGCUGCUGCACUAUUUCUUCCUGGCGGCCUUUGCCUGGAUGUGCAUCGAGGGCAUCCAUCUGUACUUAAUAGUGGUUGGCGUCAUCUACAACAAAGGCUUCCUGCACCGUAACUUUUACAUCUUUGGUUAUGGAAGCCCGGCAGUGGUCGUGGCCAUCUCAGCGACGCUGGGUUCCAAGUAUUAUGGCACUGAUAAAAUGUGUUGGCUGAGCACAGAGAACCACUUCAUAUGGAGCUUCAUUGGACCCGCCUGUUUGAUCAUCCUGGUGAAUCUGCUGGCUUUUGGAGUGAUCAUCUACAAAGUCUACCGACACACAGUGUUGAAGAAGCCUGAAAUAAGCCACUAUGAGAACAUCAGGUCGUGCGCCCGUGGAGCCGUAGCGCUGCUCUUUGUGCUAGGCGCCACCUGGGCCUUCGGAGUGCUGCACAUCCUCUACGAGAGCACGCUCACCGCGUAUCUGUUCACCAUCACCAACGCCUUCCAGGGCAUGUUCAUCUUCAUCUUCCUCUGUGUGCUCUCCCGAAAGAUUCAAGAGGAGUACUACAGGCUUUUCAAAAAUGUGCCAUGUUGUUUUGAAUGCCUGAGAUGAAUUUAAGAUGCCAAUAUCUACUAUUCCAUAUUACUGAUGUUAAGUGAACAGUCAUUUUAAAAUAUCUUAAUCUAUACAUUGUGUCUGUUUAUGUUUUGUUUGUUUCGGUUCCAAUGCAUGUAAUGGACAAUGUCCUUUCACAAAACCAUUUCUUCUCAGAGUAACUCAACAAUCAACAUACUUUUACAUAUAAUUUUCUGCUUUAAUUUAAUACCUGUUGUACUCUAAAUAACAUAACAGACUUGCACUUGACCUUGACCUUCUUUAUGUCUCAAUGUUAAUUUAAUAAUGAAAAUAAAUUAAGC